AUGUCAGACUAUCAAGUUCUGAAAUAUGCAGGAGGAGUGUGUGGUGCAAAAAACAGUUUAUCUGUGAGUCAAUCUAUCCAAGAUGGUGAGAGUUUAGUUUCAGAAAAUGGGACAUUCGAAGUGGGUUUCUUCAGCCCUGGAAAUUCGACAGGUCGUUAUUUGGGUGUGUGGUGCAGGAAUCUAUCUCCUUUAACUGUGGUGUGGGUGGCCAACCGAGGAUUACCUCUCAAGAAUAACUUAGGAACCUUACAACUCAAUGAAAAGGGGGUUCUUGUGAUUCUCAAUGGCGCAAACAGCACUGUUUGGUGGUCCAAGAUAUCAAACAAAGCAGUGACUAAUCCGAUUGUGCAUAUCUUGGAUUCGGGAAAUCUUGUGAUAAAAAAUGGUGAGGGCACUAAGAAGGAGAACUUUCUGUGGCAGAGUUUUGAUUAUCCAGGUGAUACAAUUAUGCCAGGAAUGAAGCUUGGAUGGAACUUGGAAACUGGUGUAGAUAGAUAUUUUUCAUCUUGGAAAAGUGCAGAUGAUCCAGCAAAGGGAGAAUAUUCUUUCAAGGUUGACAUAAGAGGAUAUCCACAAUUAGUUUUGAUGAAGGGGUCUACUGUGAAGUUUAGACCCGGGUCAUGGAAUGGCCUUGCUUUAACUGGAUAUCCAACACAACAGUUGAAGGGAAAACAAAUAUACAAAUUUGUCAUGAAUACAAAGGAGGUUUAUCAUCUGUAUGAAAACCUUGAAAACUUGUUUGUUAUAUAUAGAUUGAAUCCUUCAGGCAUUUUGCAGGGUUUAGCUUGGACAAGCCAAACAAGUGAUCAGAUAGUUAUUGUAACGGGGGCAGAAGAUAGCUGUGAUAUUUAUGCUUUUUGUGGUGUAAAUUCUAUGUGCAAUAUGUAUGGUAAUACUCCGAAAUGCGACUGCCUGAAAGGAUAUGUUCCUAAAUUCCCUGAACAAUGGAAUAUAUCAUAUUGGUCUGGUGGUUGUGUUCCAAUGAAUAAAUAUGUUUGUAAAAACCACACUGGUUACUUCCUGAGGUACACAAACAUGAAAUUGCCGGACACUUCUUUGUCUUGGUUUAGUAAGGCCAUGAACCUUGAGGAAUGUCAGAAGUCGUGUGUGAAAAAUUGUUCAUGUUCAGCAUAUGCAAAUUUAGAUAUCCGUGAUGGAGGAAGUGGCUGUCUACUUUGGUUUGAUGAUCUGGUUGACAUGAGGAGAUUCUCUCAAUGGGGACAAGACCUUUACAUCAGUGUCCCAGCUUCUGAGCUAGUCAAUGACUGA